GCGCGGGUGUGAAGGGCACCGAAAUGGCCAGUAGGGUUUCACCGCCCCGCCCCCCCAGCUAGAAUUGAUGAGUUAAACUGCAGGCAGAAAAUCAACGAACCUCUGCGAUUUCACUUAUUAAAGUGUGAUUUGUAGGCGAGGGAGCGAGGAAGGGGAGACAGCGUCAGACGUCUUAGAAUGACGACAGGAGAGGAAAAGCCAUCCCGAAGCUUCAUGCUCACCCCUUCGCGGUCUCAGGUGUCGAAAUCUGUACCAUUUUAAAAGAAAUAAGAUAUGUUUCCAGCAUUCAAGUAUUAUGCAAAAGACUAUUUAUAUGAGAAUGUAGUUAGAAAAAAGUUUUAUCAAGAUGCUUUCUUGCUUCAAAUACCUCCAUGUUUCUACCAAGAUGAAAAUUAUACAGGAGUUACUGAAGAUGAAUAUAACAGGCCAUGGACAAGAGCCUCACCUGUUUCAGUUCGGGAAAUGACAGAUACCUCAGUCUUGGAUCAGUUGAAAGCAACUUUCUUUGUGAAGGAUUUCCCUGAGAAAAGAACAGUUACAGGAAUGGAGAUUCAAGCUAAUGGUGAGUUUGAAGAAAUUGUCCCAAGUUCAAAUCCAAACUCCCAAACUGAAGUAGAGGAAGGCAUAUAUAUUCACAAGGACUACAGUGAAGUCUUUACAGUUGACAAUUAUUUGGAAGACUGUCCGGCACUUCAGGCACAGAACCAAGAUUUAUAUAUUGAUGAAGAAACAAUUUUUACAAAUGAUUUGAUGACCGAUCAAAGUCACCUACCAACUUUAAAUGCUCCAAUGAGCAGACUUAAACCAGUUUUGAUAAAGGACCCCCUUUUAGACUUCAAAGAACAUACUUUCUCCAGGAAAUGUUUCUCUUCUCAAGAAGAUUUACAAAUUUCUAAGAAAGAAGAUUUUUAUGUGGAUAAAGAGAAUGUUUAUCAGGAGAAACUAGAAGACUCAGUAGGUUUGAGUGAGCCAUCAACUUUUCCUUCCGAGUUUCAAUUCUUAAUACCUACAAACCUCAAACAAGAACUGAAGGAAUCAUUAAACUUAAUGACAAAAGUAAUAAACUGUGUAGAUGAAAAUGAAAAACUUUUCGAAGGAGAUCUUCCCGUUAAGCAUGGAGUUGACAUUGAGGAUAUAAAAUGCAGCUCCACAGAGAUUUUAACUAUUAAAAACCAGAGUGAGCCAGAGUGCAGUGAACCAGAUAUUCCAGGAGAGUCAGGAAGAGCACUAACUCAUCUACACCAAACAAGCCAACAUUCUCUAGUGAAUUCAUUAUGUCUAGGACUUCAGACAUUUUCAUUUUCUUCAGUUUCCUUAUAUACAAGAAUUCCGACAUUUCCAUUUUCUUUUGUUUGUAAAAUUAGCUUGCUUACUGCUGAAGAAUCAGCUAAUAAAUACUGUAUGGUGUGGCAAUUAGAAAGCUGCAGAAAUUUCUUGAACUCAUUUUUGCUUACAGUGCCAAGAAUUCAAGAGCUCAACAGCCAAUAUUCAGUUACAGAUCUGAAAAAGAUGUUUUGUAUUGAAGAGAAAAGGCUUGUGGUUAAUUCUAUAAAGGCAAAGUGCUGGAAAAAAGCAGAACUUAAGUCAAUAGCAACAGAAACUUUGGAAUGUCCAAAUACAUAUUUGUGUCAUGAUCAUCUAUCUUCUAAUGACAUUAAAAAGGAGACGUUUUUGCCUACAAAAGUACUUCCAUUAGAAUCUUCUCUAGAAAAUAAAAGUUGUUCCUCACCUAUUGUGAUUAUUAAUGAGAAACCUACACAUGAUCACAUACCACUCUCACAAGAGAGUCCAUCUCUGGUAAAAGAAAUAACAGAUACUUGUUUAUCUGAUGAAUGUAUCUCUGUUGAAAGACCAAAAAAUGAAGAAAAACUAAAGAAUGAUCAAGAAAUACUUGAUGUAGUGAAUCAAAAGAAAGAAACUAAAGUUCACCUUGAACUUGACUGCACAGUACCAUUUAUUGAAUCAUCUCCCUCUUCAAGAAUUAAAAAAGCAUGUUUUGAACAUAGUAAAAAAGAGGAGAAUGAUUUGGACCUUUUGAGCAACUUUAUUAUACUGCGAAAUAAAUACAAGACUUGCACUUUCAAGGCUGAAGUUAUAGACCAUGAUAAAAAGGAUGAAUUUCAAGAUCAAGAAGAAUUGACUCAUAAGGAAGAAAGUCCUGUUGUUUUUACUAACAAAACUCUAGAGAAAAAGAAUCCGGGAAGGGGAGCAGAGAACAUCAUUGAAGUUCAAGCCUCAGAUAGUCAGUGCCAAGCAUACUGUUUCCUUGAAGCAUCAGCUGCUCUUAUCUUAAAAAACCUUGUAUGCCUCUGUACUCUCCCCGCUGCUAAUUGGAAGUUUGCCACUGUUACUUUUGACCAAACAAGGUUCUUCUUAAAGGAACAAGAAAAAAUAAUAGAUGAUGCUAUUCACCAAGGUACAGAUGAUGAAAGAGAAAUGACAUUUAAGCAAGCUGGUCUUUUACACCUUCUGGUGACGAUUAGAGAUGUUCUUGUAACAUGCAACUUAGACACAGCAUUGGGAUAUUUGUCAAAUGCAAAAGAUGUCUACAAAAGCAUUUUAGGUUCCUAUUUGGAUGACAUUUGGAGACAGCUGAAGAUUGUACAGUUUAUUAAGGGAAAAAAGCCUGAAACCAACCAUAAAAUACAAGAAUUGCAACAUCAGAUACUAAGUUGGAUGCAAAGUCAACAGCAAAUUAAGGUGCUGGUUAUAAUAAGAAUGGACUCAGAUGGCGAAAAACAUUUACUUAUUAAAACUCUUAACCAAAUAGAAGGCUUAACACUGACUGUCUUUCAUUCAAGUAAAAGAAAGGAUUUUCUGGAAUCUAAAGGUGUUUUAAAUAGUAAUAGUUCCUGUGUAAUUGUACAUAAUCAAAAUAUUGGAGCAGAUUUUCCCUGGAGUAAUUUCUCAUUUGUGGUGGAAUACAAUUAUGUAGAACACUCUUGUUGGACUAAGCACUGUGAAAAGUUGAAUAUUCCGUACAUGGCCCUUAAAGUGAUUCUUCCAGACUCACUUUUAAAAAGAAGCACCUUGCUGGAUAGAUUUGGUGGUUUUCUUUUGAAAAUCCAGAUUCCAUACGUGUUUUUUGCAUCCGAAGGACUUCUUAAUACUCCAGAAAUACUUCAGCUGCUAGAAUCUAACUACAAUAUCACGCUAGUGGAGAGAAGCUGCAGUCCGUCACUGAAGCUCUUCGGAAGUCCGGAGCGCUAUGUAGUGUUGACAGUUGAUGAACACACUGCUGUCAUUUUGCAGGAUUUAGAAGAAUUGAAUUAUGAGAAGGCAUCAGACAAUAUAGUUAUGAGAUUGAUGGCAUUAUCAUUCCAGUACAACUAUUGCUGGAUAAUAUUAUAUACCAAAGAUACAUUAAAUUCAGGGUACCCUCUUACAGAAAAGACACUUCAUCACCUUGCACUGAUAUACACAGCUCUGGUCUCCUCUGGGCUUAAAUCUGAAGAACUGGAUGUAAAGCUUACAAUGGCCUCUAGAGUGGAAGAGAUUGCAUUGCUAAUUCGACAAAUUGCUGACCACAAUUUAAUGACCUCAGAAAGAGAUCCUCAUGAAUGGUUGGAUAAAUCCUGGCUUGACAUUUCACCAUCAAAGGAAGAAAUGUACUUACUUGAUUUUCCAUGUAUUAACCCAUUGGUGGCCCAGCUCAUGUUACAUAAAGGACUUUCAUUGAAUGAGCUGUUAUUAGCGACUUCUUGUCAACUUCAGGAACUCUUACCUGAAGUUCCAGAAAAAGUACUGCAGCAUUUUUGUAGCAUCACUUCCUUAUUCCAGAUUAGUUCUUCCUCCUUAACAAACUCCCCUCAAAUGUUAUCACCUCGGGAAGAAAGGGAUCCGACUAGCACCUUCAUUUCUCAGAGUUCAGCUGCUGGCUCUUCAGACGCUGUCAUUCCAGAACAUAAUGACUAUUACUCAUGUCCAGACUUGGGAGAGACUGUACAAGAAGACACAAAUACCACUUCAAAUUAUAACUCUUCUUUUGUGGAACUAAGAAAAAUGCAGAGCCUUUUACCAGCUGUGACGCCUUACAAUCAGAACAGCCAUCGGAAAGACUUCUGUUGUAGCCCUGACAUAGUGCAGGACAGUCCUUUCCCCAUUAAUAUAAAAUCACAGGAAGCAGCUUGUAACUCUUUUCCAAACCAGAAUGAUUCAGAGUCAGAUGUCUUCUCUUUGGGCCUAACACAAAUAAAUUGUGAAACCACAAUAUCACCAGUUGACACUCAGAGAAGAACUGGCCCGAAUUUUAUAACUUACCAGAAAAAGGCAACUCAUGAAACAGAAAGAAUUACAAAUAAACAAGUAUCUACUCCUGCCUUUUCAUUAGAGGGCUGUCAGUCUCCUAGUCAUUGGAACUUUGAGGAAAACAUACGUGAAAAACAGACGCACUCACUCAACUUAAAAUAUGGAGCAGAGCAGACUACCGAUGGCGAAUGGUACUCUCAGAAAGAUCAUCUGUUCGCUAGUCAGCAAACAUGUCUAUCAGAUGAAUUAGGAGGCUUCACAUGUGAAAGUUCAAAUGAUGACACUAAAAAGACUUUCUGGGGAGAUCUACUAUCUGCGCCUAGUUUGAACUUACUCUGUGCUUCUGAUCAUGAUGUAAAUAAAAAAGAAUUGGACAGCUUGUAUUUCUACCAAAGGGCUGGAAAAUAUGUAGGACAGAAAAGGCAACCUGAGUCGGCAUCCAACUCGGGAGACAAGGAAUCAUUAACAGGUGUAACAUGCUCACAACUACCACAACUCAAAAAGCGACGGCUAGUGUACGAAAGAGUCCCGGGAAGAGCUGAUGGACAAACUCGACUGAGAUUUUUUUGAAAGAGGGAAAGAACAGCAUUUUGUGCCAUAGUUACUGCUUUUCAUGCUAAUCCAGUAACAAAAUUGGAUUUUCUUACACAUUAAAGAAAAUGCAAUUAUUUUCACAUACUCUCAGUAUUUCUACAUUAAAUUUUGAUGAUAUAUA